AUGUUGAGGGAUGAAAGAGAGUACCCUGUGACUGCCUUAUUCACUUCCAUUUCUAGGAGGUUUGCUGAAAUUUUUGGGCAGAGACGUGCAUAUAUCAGCAGUUCAAUCAAUUUAUUUGUGCCUUUGUCUGAAAAGACGCUAAGGGAAAAUAUGAAUGAGGGAGACUCCUUGUUUGUCAAUAAUAUAAACGGGGAUGCCAACGAGUUCACCUUAGUCGACAGUGGCCUAACUGCCGAAGUCAAUCUACUGAACAAAACAUCUACUUGUAAAGAGUAUGACUUGGUAAAAUUACCGUGCACUCACGUGUUGGCAGCCUUGAGAUUGAAGUACGAACCUGAUUAUAGUUCAAGCAUCUACGAGUAUUCUUCGCCCAUGUAUAAAGUUCAGUCUUACAUUCUUGUAUUUGGUGAAACUAUUAAUGUAGUCCCUGAAAAGUCAGAAUGGGAAGUCCUAGAGAAGUUCUCAAACAUGUAUAUUCCUCCACCCCCUUACGACCCCAAACUUGGAAGGAAGAAAGUGAAGCAUAUUCUUGGCGUAGCGGAAUCUUUCAAGUCCAGGGGAAGUAGCAAAGGGACGAGAAACAAGUGCUCGAUUUGCAAGGGGGCUGGUCACAAGAAAACAACGUGUCGAUAUUUUAGAGAGCAUCCCAUUUGA